AUGCAGAAGAUCGGCAGCACCCAAAACACAAACCCUACAUUGCCACUCCAGACUACCAGUAUUCAUAAGCAGCAGCAGCAGCAGCAGCAGCAGCAGCAACUGCAGCAGCAGCAGCAGCAGCAGCAGCAGCAACUGCAGCAGCAGCAGCUGCAGCACGAGACGUUGCAGCGGCAACACCUGCAUGUGCAGCUGCAGCAGCUGCAGCAGCUGCAGCAGCUGCAGCAGCUGCAGCAACAGACGUUGCAGCAACAGACGCUGCUGCAGCAGCUGCAGCAGAUGCUGCAGCAGGCGCUGCAGAAGCAGCAGCAGGUGCUGCAGCAGGUGCUGCAGCAGAUGCUGCAACGGAAGCCGCAGCAGCAGACGCAGCUGUUGCUGCUGCAGCUGCUGCUCGGGGUUGCUGCCGGCUCCAUCAAGUUUGCUGCUGCUGCUGCUGCUUUACUGGCAGCAGCAGCAGCAGCAGCACCAGCAAGCUGCCCUUAG